CAACAAUACAAUCAUUUUCUGUAAAAGGGGCUCUAGUCUCAAUGUCAGCUGUAACAGUAAAUGAGUCCGAAGAUGUUGCAUUUGAAUGUUCGGUAGACAGUAAUCCUAGCUCUAAUAUUGAAAUACAUUAUAAGGACAAAGUUAUCUUUAGACAGAACGAUAUACACACUCUGUUAUAUAUUCGUGAUAACAUUGCAUGCUUAGAUGCUGGAGAGUAUACAUGUGCUGCAAGAAACCCGCAUAAUAAAGGACUAGAUUCCGAGAGGCAUUUGAUGGUGAAUGUACGUUGCUCUCCACGACCUCUUUAUCAAAGGAGACAGACCUUUUCGAGUGCGUUGCAUACACAAGCGUUACUAAGCUUUACUGCUUUGGCAUACCCAGAACCUGGCACCAAUGGCUUCGUUUGGCAUAAACAACAUAGUUCUACAUGGAUACCGUUAUUAAGCAAUGCUGACUUACGCAUAUCCACAUCUGGUUUACAGACUAAUCUAACCAUUACAAAUGUGUCAAAGUCAGAUUUCGGUCAUUAUAAGGUUACAGUCACCAAUGAAAUUGGAAAAUAUGAGCAGCAUCUAUAUCUUACAGAGAACAUUAUUGGGCAAACAAACAGUCAACCGACAUUGGAUGAUAAUGUUAUGAUAGUUAGUAUAUCUCUAGGAUUGCUGUGUGCUUCAUUGAUAGGCUAUGCAGUAUUUUCGACUGUUAUCUUUAAACGGAAGUUAAAAGGUAUACGAUUAAAGUCAAAUGAAGAUCCGACAAAUCAAAUGACAUAUGUCAAUCACAGUUAUGGAAAUGUUUAUUGUAGUGCAGAUACGUCAGACAAAACACAAAAUGAUGACAACAUGGACGACUCUGUUCAUCAGUAUACUGACCUGACUCAGUUUAUCAGAGACGAUCAGAAGGAGGCAUAUGAAGAAAUUCAAAAAAUAUGAUAAAUGUCUUACACACCUUUUCUAUGUUAAUUGAAACUUUCAAGUAUUAAUAUUGAUAUUGUUGAUCUUGCUCAAUAUUUGGCGAUUUUAUUGAUUAAACUAAUAGUGUUGGUAUAAAAUUGUAUACAGUGUUUGAACAAGGUAUGCAAUGUUGUAAAGUUUAGACUAUAGAGCAUUGUAGUAUCUAUUAGAUAUCUAGUACUUGUGAAAUUGCAUAGUAACAGUUUACAUGUUAUUAUAUAUCUACCAUAGGUGUAAUUUCUUCGUUACACUACUGGAUUAUAAGAAUAUAUACCAAAACAGUUUUUAACAUUUUCUAAAUCAUUUAUCACAAAAACAAAAUUCAUCAAUUAAAAUAUAUCAAUCUUAUUAUCUAACACUUACGCGCUUUUUUAUAAAUUUAUUACCGUGUGACAAACCUGUGAGUCUGAUAUCGAUAUCUAUAGUGUAUGUGUGUAGCAGCAAGGUUUUCUUAAUUCAUUUUUAUAGUUUUUAAAAAUCAUUUUAAUUCGUAACUAAAUUGUAAUUUUCAAUAUGAUAAUUUGACUACCAUACUUGGUCAAGUUAUAGUUCGGUUAAGCUAUCAACACAUUACUCGAGUAAUACCAAGAGUGGCUUUCCACUGGUGCCGGAAAAAUAACGGAAAAGAUUGACAUACUUAUAAGGCAUUACUAUAAUUUUGCACAAGAUGUUAUAUCAUACGCUACUAUGUACCAUAUGAAAAUGUUAGUGUGCGUAACUUCUUUCCAAAUCCUUAAUAAAAUAUAAUACUAGUAUGCAUAGGAAAACAACCAACAACUUUUGUCAUUAAUCAAUAAUGUUUAUAUCUAUUAAUUUAUAAAGACACAAACAGUCCUUGUUAGUAGUUGUAGUCGUAGCCAAAUAACACAAUUCUAUGUCCAAAGAAUUUCCAAGGGCUCAAAGAAUCUUUAUGAGGUCUCAAAGAUCUCUUAUAUAUGAUCAUUCGUUGCGAGUGACAAAAUCCGAUUCAAAUCUGCCUUUAUUCUCCCUUCUGGUGAGAAAUCGCUGACAAAUUCCGGUAACCAAUUUCACCUUUAAUUUUCAAUUGCCCGGAAUAUAUGGACAGAGCCAUUUAUAUAUGGCGGUUUUACAAUACUUCAGAGGUUGACAAUUCAGAACCGUUUAUUUGUUAUCAUUGUAAUGACAACGCAUUUAUUGAUAAUUUUAUGUAUGAUAUGACAAUAUAUCAUAAAUAAAGUGUAUUAAUAAGAAUUGCCUCUCUCAUGUGUAUACAAAGUCUUUAACAAUCAAUUGUCUAGAAAGAAAGAAGUAUCUUUUAUCCUAUAAAAUGCUAUAAAACUGUGUUGAAGACGUUGCAAUAAUUCAAAAUAUCAAGCGAUCAGCAAUUAAAGCUUACUUUCACUGUACACGUAAAUGUUUUGAUGACGGACUAUGUGACCUCAUUGUUACAGUUUUGCACAUUUCGUUUUUUAGGGGUCGAAGUAAGUCGCCCAACACAUUACAGGCGGCUUUCCAGGUAAACUUCAGAUGCCCUUCAGUGCAUUGUUCAGGUACAAACGGGAAUUUGAGUAGAAUCACUGACGUUCUGUACGCUACCUGGAUAGUUGCUCACAUGACAGAAUUCGAAGAUCCUGUCGGGAUUCGAACCAACAGCGGUGA